AUGAGAAACACUUUGAAAAAUGGAAUGAUUAUGCACCAAUGUGGCGGUAAACAUACACAAAUUACGUGUUUUUAUAACAACGAGAAUAAAAAUAACUCAGAAUAUUAAAAUUACUACAUGUAAAGAGUAAUAUACUGGACGGAUAUAUAUUUUGGUUGUGGCAUUGAUAAUGAAUGAAACACACUGCAAAAUGAUGCUUGGUAUAUUGUACAUCGCGUGUUCAUCAUUUGUUUUCCUUAACACAGAUGCGUCGAGGACACGAACGAAAAGGUCGUGCGUAUGUCCAACCAUCGUGGGAAAUGCGCUCUGUGACGGGAAAUGCGACGGGAACGGGACACGUCCCAACGGGACAUGUCCAUUAGGCACGAAAUGUUGUCCUGUGAAGUGUCCAUCAGGUGUCGAAAGCAUGUGCCUUACACCGAUCCCACCCAGGUUCCACAAAGGUAGAACGUGCCCCAGAAUAGUCAACUACGGCGCCCCGAAAUCGCGCAGUCCUCGAAGUGCAGAAAAACGCAGUGCCAGUGACGUCAACAUAUUUGACCUGCAACCCUUACUUGUGAAAUGUGAGAGUACGUGCGACUGUCCCAUAGUGAAUCGUACAAGGCAGCUGUGCUGUGACAGUAUGGUGCAUGGGAAGAUUUGUUUAAACCCAGUAAAAAAGCAGAGCCCAGGUGCUCUGGUCUUUUACGACCCAAAUCUGAAUGGCACCCGGAUGUCUAAACCGUGGAAAGAACUCUGGGAUAAAAUGCUGAAGUACCAGGGAGCAUGUUGUUGUGGUGGCGAUUGUAUCGAAUGUCCAAAUGAGAACAGUUUUGGCGGCUGCGCAUGCUCUUCAUCUGGAGGCGAUUGUCAGUGCACAUGCGCAUAACGCACAUAGGAACAAGUAAUCUCUUUGUCCAUGCGCUGAAAGCUAUAAAACAGAAAUACGUACCAAUAGGCCUAUUAUACACCAACAAAAAUAAAAAAU